CGCAACCCACAAUGUGAUUGCCCUGCCCCGCUUCGCGCUACUUAACGGGGUCCACCCCCUAAGUCUACAUCGCUAGCGUCACGGAGCCGAGUCACAACGUUCACGUCCACGAACCUCGUCCACCGCAUUGAUGUUGACCCUCCCUCGUUGCAUGUCCUCGCUGCUAAAUGCGAUUGUCCUGCCUUACUUACACCCACAGGCGCUAACGGUCCAACAACUUUCCUCACGGCCUAUGAAGAACGAAACAGUGAAUAGCCACUCGUGUGCAACGAGUCAUGCGCUGAUACGCUGGUUUGGGCGCUGUGACUGCCAGUCUACCUUUGGACGAGCGCCGGCCAACACCACAAUCUGAGCGUGUCGCCCAGAUAAAUCUUCGCAUUGGUCCUAAACGUCACGUAAUAAUUGUUAAUAACAAGUACCUAGUAAAGCGUUUAGCACACACACUAAACAAGUAUAUAUACUAUAGUAACUAGCAUAAGUAAUAUAGG